AUGUCCUCUCCAACUAUCGCAUCAACGCCCCGGAGCCAUCCACGCGUCAUCACUCCAACAACCUACAGCCAAAAGGACAUCUUCACUGCCCUCAUGGCUUCAACUACGCAAUCCCCCAAGUCUCUCGAUGUCACAGACACAGCAAGCAACGAUGCGCAAUCACCCUCGGCAUUCGAGUAUCCACCACCGCCGCCCCCGUCCCCCGUGGAAUCCAAAAGCCCCCGUGCAUUCUAG